CGUUGCUCCUUCCCCUUUUCCAGGAAUGAAAAUGGAACGAAGGAUGGCUUGAAGGAGUGUGCGCAAGCGCGGGGGUUGGCCGUCCCACCAUGGAGCAUCCGCCGCUGACUCUGGGGUUGCUACAUGUUGCCGCUUUGUGUGUUUUUCUGCUUUGUUGGGGAAAUAGCUCAGCCGUUUCAGAUGCAAAGUGGAAGAAAUUUCUGAUCCAGAUUGACAGAGCCAUAGAAAACUACAUACCAUGUGCAAAGGAAAACUGUCAGUGCUACCAAAGAAUCAGGGAACAAGACUUGGCUCCCUUUCAAGAGGGGAUCUCUGAGGAGCUGCUGUCAGAAGCAAUCAGUCGAAGGCUUGGGACCCACUACCAGAUUGUUGGGAAGAAGUUAUACCGUGAGCAUGACUGCAUGUUCCCUGCAAGGUGUAGUGGAGUUGAACACUUCAUCCUGGAAAUCAUUGAUGACCUUCCAGAUAUGGAGAUGGUUAUCAAUGUACGAGACUAUCCCCAGGUGCCUAAAUGGAUGAAACCAAGAAUACCUGUCUUUUCCUUCAGUAAGACCUCAGAAUACUAUGACAUCAUGUAUCCUGCCUGGACGUUUUGGGAAGGGGGACCAGCUGUUUGGCCCAUUUACCCGACUGGUCUGGGGCGCUGGGACCUCAUGAGGGAGAACCUCAUAAGUUCUGCAGAAAAAUGGCCUUGGAAGAAGAAAAUUUCAAAAGCCUAUUUCCGAGGGUCCAGGACAAGUUCAGAACGGGAUCCACUCAUCCUUCUUUCUCGAGAAAACCCAGACCUUGUUGAUGCAGAGUACACUAAAAACCAAGCCUGGAAAUCUGAAAAAGACACACUUGGGAAACCACCAGCUAAGGAGGUUCCACUGGUAGACCAUUGUAAAUACAAGUACCUUUUCAACUUCCGAGGUGUAGCAGCCAGUUUCCGCCUUAAACACCUCUUUCUCUGUGGCUCACUGGUUUUUCACGUUGGGGAAGACUGGCAGGAAUUCUUCUACACGCAACUGAAGCCUUGGGUUCACUACAUCCCAGUCAAAUCUGAUCUGUCUGAUGUGAGGGAGCUUUUGGAAUUUGUAAAAGAAAAUGAUGACAUAGCCCAAGACAUUUCAGAGAGGGGUCGCCAGUUCAUCAUGGAGCACUUGCAGAUGGAGGAUAUAUCUUGUUACUGGCAGAGACUUUUGACUGAGUACUCCAAAGCUCUGAUUUACAAAGUAAAACGGAAAAGUAGUUACAAUGAAAUUUCUCCCAGACGCUUGAAAACAGAACUGUAAACAUCCCAGUUCUGUGAAAAACACCAGUAGGAUUCGUUAUGUUCACAGUUCAAGACCAGUAGCGGUGGAUAUUAUGACAUCCAAAGAACAGUAUUGGGUGGGUUUCCCCUGCUUCUUGUGGACACUCAAGUGUUUUAUGGUGCCAGACUAUAAGACACGGUGGAAGGAGAACUGUAAUUUGCUGUACUGAACUAUUUCAUCAGCUCCAGAAUGUUCAUGGUCUGUAACAAAAACAAAACAAAAAAAGUAUUUGAAUAAGAGGGGAUCUUAAGUUCCACUGACAUCUGGUAUUACAUUACUACUGACACUCUAUUAGUUCUGUACCCUCAGUUCUUUUGAAUAGGGGACCUGUGUUCCUGCAUAUUGAAUUGAUUGACAUCAGAUUAAUCCCAUUGAAUGGGCCAUUUUGGUGGAAUUGUAAAUGAAUCAUCCCUAAAUUGUAUUUGCACAGUAUUUAAUCACGUGCUGAGUAGGAGAGGCAUAGAGUUCGGUAACACUAUAUGUUGGACUACAACUCCCAGAAUUUCCCAGCUAGAGUGGCCCCUGACCACAAAAUUACAGAAUAAUGGGGUUGGAAAUGAUCUAUAAGGCCAUUAAGGCCAGUCCCCUGCUUAAUGCAGGAAUCCAAGUU